CUUUGUUUACAAUACAAAAUCUAUAAAAGGCACACUUUCUCAUUACUUUUUCACACACCAAGUGAAGUAGUAAUGGCUUCUUCAGUGAAUUUUUAUGUGAUCAGUGUGAUCUUGUGCAUGUUAAUGUUCUUUCAUGGCUAUGCUAAUGGCACUGUUCCAGCCAUGUAUGUGUUUGGUGACUCACUUGCAGAUGUAGGGAACAAUGACUACUUGCCACUCUCAGUUCUGAAAGCCAAUUUCCUUCCGAAUGGUAUCGAUUACAAUGGUGGUCAGGCCACCGGCCGGUUCAGCAACGGGAAAAACUCCGCCGACCUUCUUGCUGAGAAGCUUGGAUUGGCAACAUCCCCACCUUAUCUGAACAUAACCUCUGACACUAAUAAAACUGAAGCAUUCAUUAGUGGUGUCAGCUUUGCUUCUGGAGGUGCAGGAGUUUUGGACUCAACAAACAAGGGUCAAUGUCUGACUUUUCCCAACCAAGUAGACUCCUUCUCCACAGUGCAUCAAACUCUAGUUGAUGCACUAGGCUCAGAUGCAGCUAUGAGUCAUUUAUCAAAAUCAAUCUUCUGUUUCAUAAUUGGAAGCAAUGACAUACUAGAUUAUACCAGAGAACUCAUCAAGCCAACUCCUCAAGACUUUGUGAAUUCCUUGGUCUCCAAUCUGCAAGUUCAACUGCAGAGAUUACACAGUCUUGGAGCUCGAAAGCUCGUUUUCGUCGGCACAGGACCGAUCGGCUGCUGCCCAUCACAAAGAACUCAGAACUCCACCAACUGCAAUGAACAAGCAAACCAGCUAUCAGCUCUGUACAACAAGGGUGCAUCAAAUCUAUUGCAUAAGAUGAAGUCCAAUCACACUGAUUUCAAUUACUCUUUUCUUGAUGCCUCUAGUGCACUCCUGCAGUACCUAAAAAUCCUACAAAAUACGGAUUUAAUGUGGUUAAGACCGCAUGCUGUGGACAUGGAGAUUUGAAUGCCAACAUUCCAUGCUUGCCAAACUCCAGCUACUGUAACAAUAGAAAAGAUCAUGUUUUGGGAUCUAUUUCAUCCUACAGAGGCCACUGAUAGAUUGCUCACAAACACAAUCUAUGAUGGAGCUACACCAUUUGUUUAUCCCAUUAAUGUGAAGCAACUUAGCAACCUGUGAUUAAAUCAUGCACUUGGGUGAUUAGAGUUGCCUUUUUAUGUGUUUAGAUUCAAGGAAAAAAGAAAGAUGCAUCUUUUUUAUUAAUGCUU